UUAAACGUGCCCAGAACCCACAGUGCAAUGAUACUACGGCCUCUGCCUCCCUCACUGAGAGCGUCUCUGGUCCUUCUAAUGCUGGCGCUCUUAGGGGAAGCCUGCCUCCGUCCUCGCCGCCACUACAAACGAAUGAUCUUCUACCGCCUACCGUCUGCUCCCCGAAGACAACCACAGCAGGAUCCAGCGAAAAUUAAUUGUCUGAUUGAUGUGUGUUACCUGAGCCUCGACCACCCCAAGCUGUGCGAGGACACACUCAAGGCUCUCAGGGACAGGGAAGCGAUGGAGCCCUGUAGCGAUUCCUGUGCAGCCAACGCCACUGGAUCUGUGUGUUUACAUCCCACAGUCAUCAUGUAUUUGUUGGAUCGAUACGCGGGGCUGAGCUGCGGCCAGCAAUGGGAAUCAACCUUCUGGGGCGUCGAUUCCUCCACCACACCACCAACUACCACCCAGCCUGCCUCUACAUCGACCUGGAGCCCUGCGCCACCUCGACCACCCACCCAGCACCCUUCCCACCCUGACUCUAGUUCAUUAGGGGUGAAUAAGGAGCUAAGAGACAGUCAUAACGCUCCUCUUGGCCCCGCAGAGCACCCACGCUUGUAUGUCAGCAGCAAGACGCGGAUAGUGAAGUAUGAAUCGCGAAAGAAGGGUGCACGGGGUUCUAAUCUCCCAGACGCGGUGCUCUGGCUUCUAGUGCACAGUAAGCGAUUGGUCUUCCUACCGAGAGCAAACAUCAAUAACUCCCAUGGGCCUCUCAAGCAGCCCAGCCUCAAUAGCAGUGAUCCAUCGCCACUAAACCCUCAGAGCUCCUUCAUCCCAGCGCAACAUUCUGGGCCUUUAAUAGUCGCCGCCACGUUUGCUACUCGUAAUCCUCCCGCCAGCCAUCACAGUCAGCCAGCACGUGAGGGGAGUCAGGAAGCGGUCACCCAACACCUUACUCCCACAGUGCUACCAGACGAUGCCAUGGAACAACAACACAAGCCUCAGAUGGACGGCGAGUAUAAGUCAGAGAGAGAAAAUACUGUCGACGUGCGCCCUCCCAAAGCAACCAACACAACAGUGACUCCUGUGAGAGAAACGACAGGUGGUAUGAAAGAAGCUCAAAGGUUAAGCGGGAAUGGACAAAGCGUGUCUCUUGGUUUUCCUUCUUCCAGUAGCGACGGUAUUUCAGAGCCGGAGUCAGCUGAGGGAGUAGCACACACAGAGUCGAGGGUACGGGAAUCGAGUACAAGGUCUGGGAAGGAAGUAUUGAGGAAGAGUCAUUUGUCAAGAGAAGGGAAGCAGGUUUCACACCACACCAAUGUCCUUGUCAGAAACCUUCACGCCGACCAGGAGGAGAGCAGUGGCCGUGGUCUGCUGGGAUGGGUGGUGGUCUCCCUCCUGAGUGCGGUGCUCAUGGCAGUUUGCUGUGGCCUCCUCACUUUCGCCUGUGUCACUCUUUGUCACGCCAGAAAACGCUCAUAUCAACUGCAGUGAAACUCCGUGAUAUAGAUACAAAGGCUCGUAUUCUCAAACACUUCUGUGCUUCACCUCCACUAUUUCAAAAGGCUUUACUUAUAAUUGCACGAGAUUUUAAGCUGU